AUAACUCGAACCAGGCAGCAGCAUAGCUUCAACGUUGGUUUUUGUUUGUGCUUGUCUGCUGCUGCCAGCUUGCCUCGUCGUCCCUUGCUUGCUUGACUUGGAAGCUCGGUUGUUGUGUAUAUAAACACAAAACAAGCAGAGAGUACAGAUCGCAAAACAUAAAUCAUGCUCGUUGUUUGACUGCCCUGCCCUGUCCCGUCACCACCACCACCGUCACCGCUACCAGCCCUCUCGACCGACCGCCAGGCCAGCUUCUUGCUCUGUUCUCUCUCCUAGUCGAAGCAACCCGCCGGCUACGAUUGGCUGCCUCGUCCAAUCGGUGCAUCGCGCUUUCCUUCGAAGGGGAGUGGCCUACUGCCAGUCGGCGGGCUGCGAUUGGUGCACGGCUUGUUUGCGCAAAUAUUUAUAUAAAUCUUUUACCCCUCGCAGGCCAGGGGGGUUUUCUGACCGUUGUUUGGCAUGUUUACUGCGAGCAGACUGGCUCGCCACUCGGUCUUCUGAAGUCAGUAGCUGUUUGAAUUUCUCCCGACCAGAAGUGCGCGCUUGGCCGAUGCUCGAUCACGCUUCCCCAGUUUUUGUGUGUUGGUUGUUUGCUGCUGAAUCUCGAAAAAGCUCUCGGUGUGAAGAAGCCAAAAGAGUUUUUUAAUUACUCGAUUGUAGAAGCACGCGCGCGUCGGUACCCGCAAAAGCUUGCUGUGAUCCGCGUUCUCGACUAUCAGCGUGACUGUGAAGAAUUUGAUUUCCUUUGAAGAUUACCAAAGUAAACCGUGACAGUGGAGGAAAACAGAAGAUUUAGAACGAUGCUGAACUGUGCUGAUUUAGUGCAAUUUGACCAGUACAGCUUACAGCUGUACAACUAUGCUAUGGUUGAGCGUUUUCGAACGAAUCAGUUUUUCAACUAUGGGAAUAUAGUGACAGAUCCCAGAACCCUAUCGAGGUUCUUCAAACCUUCAGUGUAUGUGAACAAUCCGGCUGAUGUCGGACCCAGUGCUCUGCUUGCUGACGCCAGCAAACUCUCGUCUGCACCAAAGCCACAAUACAGCUACAUUGGACUGAUCGCGAUAGCAAUCCUAACCUCACCGGAGAAGAAACUAGUGCUGUCCGACAUCUAUCAGCACAUAUUGGACAACUACAGUUACUUCCGCAGCCGUGGCCCAGGAUGGCGAAACUCAAUCCGUCACAAUCUGUCGUUGAACGACUGUUUCAUCAAGGCGGGACGUUCAGCCCACGGCAAAGGCCACUACUGGGCCGUCCAUCCUGCGAACGUCGACGACUUCAUGAAGGGCGACUUCCGACGGAGAAAAGCUCAACGAAAGGUCCGUCGCCACAUGGGUCUCACAUCAGACGACGACAUCUUUGACAACAGCUCGCCAAGGCAGUUCUUCCCAGCGAUCCCAGCUUCACCCAUCAUGAACCCUGCCGCCUACAUGCCAACGGCCACCGAACCCCUCAGUCAGGCUGCUGCAGCGGCGGCGGCAGUUUGCACCUAUCCGACCACCAUGGAACAGCAGCAUGCAAUCAUCAAAGGAGCCAUGGAGAGCUUCUCCCGGAAGCGACAGUUCGACGUAGAAUCCCUGCUGAAACCGGACGAUGCGAGCUCUUCAUCCAGCCUGCAGGAACCGCCGGAGAAGAAGAGUAGGCAUCUGCACACGCCAACUUCGAUGCCGGAAGGUACUGCACUGGUGCUGCCACCGCUCGGUCAUCACGCGCACCCGUUGGCCGCAUUUGGAAGCCUAGCAGUGGCCGGGCUGGGACCGAAAAUACUACCGAAGCCGACCUAGACUCCGAGGUGAUUCGCGGAUCGUAGCAACCGUUUUCUAGUUGUCUAAGUAUAUAAACGUACACACACUAUCGUAGAGCGUAGGUAUAAGAAUCCUAUAUUUCGGUCGGUUUUUUAGUAAUAAAACCGAAUCAAUCGUUGACUGUAUUAUUCUAAUAACUGUGACUCAAAUUUUCCAAUUGUUUAAACGAGAAUGAAUAAGAAUGUGUGCUUCACGCGCACAACUAAGUGGAAAUGCUUCAUGUUGUUUGAUUUGAGGAA